AUGCGUUCCACCUUUGCCGGUCUCGCCCUUGUGGCGCUCACCGCCGCUAAGCCGGUUCCUCAGUCCUCGGGCUCUUGCUCCAGCGACUACGAUGGCGAGUUCAAGAUCCAGGUCAUCAAGGCUGGUGACAAGGUCAAGCGCCAGGAAGAUGACACCGCCCUCGUCAUGACCCUCUCCGGAGGAAAGCUCAUGGACGACCAAGGCCGCACUGGCUACAUCGCCUCCAACAUGCAGUUCCAGUUCGACUCGCCUCCCCAGAAGAACGCUCAGCAGACUGGCGACUUCGCCGUCUGCGGUGACAUGCUCGCCCAUAGUGGCGAGACCACCUGGGACCAGUGCCUCAGCGGCGACUUCUACAACCUCUACUCCGAGAACAACGGCGGCCAGUGCGAGGAGAUCAACAUCCAGGUCAUUGGCAGCGGUGCUUCUCCCUCCGGAGGCGCUAGCCAGAUCCCCGAUGGUCAAGUCACUGGCAGCGCUGUCUCGUCGCAGCCUCCUGUCACCCAGAUAAGUGACGGACAGAUCCAGGCAUCUACCGCUCUCUCUGCGCCAGUGACUCAAAUUUCCGACGGCCAAAUUCAGGCCACCACUGCCACCCCAGUUGCGCCAGUGACUCAAAUCUCCGAUGGCCAGCUCCAAGCACCAACUUCGACCGCCGUGGCUCCAGUGACCCAGAUCUCAGAUGGACAGAUUCAAGCCCCUACCUCCACUGCCGCACCGGCCCCAUCGUGCACCCAGAUCGUUGAUGGUACGAAAUUUGAUCCUGCCCGAUGUUUGAAAUCCCUCGCUAACUAUCUCCCAGGCCAGCCCCAAUGCCCAGUGGCCAGCACCGGUUCCAUCCCUUACCCAGGCGCCAACAGUACCGUUAUUGGUGCUCAGCCAUCUGCCUCCGUGGUCCCAGCCACUGGCGCCGCGUCAUCGUUCAACAUCGGCAGCUCCGUCGCCGGCCUCGUGGCCGCCGUCGCCGCGCUCGCUAUGUUCUAA